AUGCCAGCGGCGAAGAAGAAAACGAACCCCCCAUCGUCGUCGUCCAACAAAGGGACGACGACGACGGAGAAAGUGGCGGAGGAGAAAAUAGCCUCGCACUUGGAGAUGCAAAAGAAAUUCGUCUCCGUUGGUUUCGCUGAAAAUAAACACACGCAAGAGAGAGCGUACUUUAACGCGUACAGUGGUGGCGCAGCGGCGACGGAGGAAGACGAAGAUGCGUUUUCGCUGGAACAGUUUCGGAAAAAUUUUACGAUUAAAGUCACGGAGAAUAACGAAUCGACGCACACGUUGGAGUUUGAAAUGGAAGGGAUAUCUGCGGCGUUCGCGAACGCGUUUAGGAGGAUUAUCAUAUCCGAAGUGCCGUCCAUGGCGAUCGAGAGGGUAUACUUUCGACAAAACACGAGCGUGAUUGCGGAUGAAAUUUUCGCGCAUAGGUUAGGUUUAGUGCCUAUUUUAGCCGAUCCGAACGAAUUUGAGAGUUUCGAUAAAGAUACGCACACAGAUUUAUUGAACGAGAAGAACACGAUCGUGUUUAAACUGCACGUGAAGUGUCAAAAGGAGAGAGACGCGAGCGGGAACAUCCUGCCGGAUUCGAUUUUACACGAAAAAGUAUAUUCGAGAGAUUUAGUGUGGUUACCGAAAGGAUCGGAGUUGGAAGACGAAAGUCAAGGCGGUGAAGGCGCGGAUGAUGAUGAUGAUGAUGAUGAUGAUGAUGAUGAAGACGACGACGACAUGAGCGACGACGACGAAAAGAAAAAAAGGAAGAAAAAGAAAAUCAAAACGUUUAGCAACUUCUCCACGUCGCAGGAGACGAAAUUCGGGAAAGAGGGCAUCAAAACCGUCCACGACGACAUUCUCCUCGCAAAACUCGUCCCCGGACAAGAGAUUGAGCUCGAAGCGCACUGCAUGAAAUCCAUCGGUGCCGACCACGCGAAAUUCUCCCCGGUUGGCACGUGCUGGUACCGUCUCGUCCCGACCGUAUACUUCAAAAAACCAAUCGUCGGCGCCGACGCGAAAGUUUUCAUGAGCGAGUGCAGCGACCCGAUCCCAAACCACAAGUGCUUUGAACUCAAGGGUUCCGGCGAGAAAGCCGAAGUCAAAAUCAAAUCCAUCCGAGGAUGCGACUUGUGCUUAGAGCGCAUUCGCGAGCUCUCCGGCGAAUCCGGUUGGGAUUCCAAAAUAGCCGUCUUGAAAAAGCGAGAUCACUACAUCUUCACCAUCGAAUCCGUCGGCGCGAGGAAACCAGACGUCAUUUUCAAAGAAGCCGUGAGCAUUUUAAAGAGUAAGUGUCACUCCGCGUUAGGGAGGUUGUUGUGA